AUGAAUCAAUCGAUGAGUGGGUGGAAUGUGGAUUUGCUCAAGAGCAUUGUUGAUGAGGCUGAUCUUAAGAAUAUUAUGAGUAUCCCUCUUCUUCCGAAUUUUGGAUCAGAUAAGAUGAUUUGGCAUUAUUCUAAUAAUGAUAGCUACCCUGUCAAGUCCGCCUAUAAAUUAGCAAGUUCGCUCACUUUGGAUACCACCUACAAAGUUGAGGGUCAAUGGGAAUGUCUCUGGAAAGUUGAUGUGCCUCCUAAAGUCAAGAAUUUCUUAUGGAGGGCUGCUAGAGAUAAUUUACCGUCCAAGCAACGCCUUCUCUCCCGGGGUGUCGCUCGGAAAGCUAAGGUGUGCAUGCUUCUUUGGCAAAUCUGGAGAGAUAGGAAUGCGAUGGUGUGGCAGAAUGAGUUCCCGGUCCCUACUCGCUCUAUUUUACGUGCUGAUGUGGCGCGGAAUGAUUGGAAAGCCAUGCGGAAGCCAACGACGCAGAGGCAGCGGGUCGGGGCUUCUUGCGUGGGGUGGCAUUCUAUUCCGGAGGGGUCGUUUAUCUGCAAUGUUGACGCCGCAUUCUUUGAGGAGGAUCAGUCCAUGGGUAUUGGUGUCGCUAUACGAAACCAUGAGGGGCACUUUGUGAUCGGCAAAACUAUAAAGCUUAAUGGCCGUAGGAGUGUUGUGGAGGGAGAGCUUCUCGGCAUUAAGGAGGCGUUAUCUUGGAUUAAGGAGCUUGGGCUUGUUACAGGUUGGGUUGAAAAUGAUAGCUUACAGGCGUGUAAUCUCAUCACCUCUGGAGACAGGAACUUGCUUGAGAUUGGUGCCAUUGCUGCUGCUUGCCGUCUUGAGUUGAGGGUGUUGUCGAACUUUAGUAUGCGUCAUGUAAGGAGAGAACAAAAUGCCAUCGCUCAUUGUUUAGCGAAGGCCGCGCGAGAUAUCACUACACAUCAUGUCUGGAAAGAACCCCCGUCCUUUGUGGUUUAA